UCCAGCAGCAGAUAGUUUAAACAUAACCAUUUCUCUCUUUUUUCACGACCCUUGAGAAAAAAAUGCAGAUCUUCAGCAAAGUGUUGACAGAUACUGAUGUUCGUUUUCGGUUCUCGCUCCCAACUCAUUGCUUGCAGCAUUUAGAUUUUGCUGGAAAUAAUUCUGUUGAUUUGCAUGUUAAAGAUAGCUCUGGUGAGCUUCGAGUUAUUCGUUGCCUGAAGAGAAAAGAAGAUUAUGACAAGCCAGUGCUUUCUAAGGGCUGGCUUAAAUUUGUUGCUGAUUAUGGACUGAGAGUUGGUGACAAGGUUGUUCUUCAUCGUGAGGAUGACCAGAACCUGGGGUCACAGUUCAGGAUUGAAGCUAAGAGGAGAAUCAAUCUGUUUGGUGAGGAAGUUUGGGGUGAUGUGACAAGAGCUAACUAGCUGUUAUUUGCAUGGAGCGUCAAUCUGUUUGUGUUUGAGUGUUUGUAGUGAUAAUCAAUGUUCUUAGCAUCAGUCUAAAUAAAUAAAUAUGUUGCUGUUCUUGGUUUCUUGAAUAUGUAUUACGUGCAUGUAAUUCCCAUCAUUAAUAUAUGUACUGAUCUCAAAUUACGUUUCCAAGAGUUAUGUUUUUUUUCUUCUUCAGGUUUUUACGUACUUUUCCAGGUUUUUCAACUUUGUAGGUUUUUUGUUUUUAUUUUAAUUUUUUUUUCAAUUUUUUGCGCUUUUCAAGUGUCUGAAAAUGAAGAUUUCCAUUGAUUUAAAACCAUUUAG